CGAGGUGGGUGCCCUUGUCUGGGGGGCCAUCAGGCCCUCGUGCACUAUCACGUCCUUUGGGGCAUCGCUUUGUCUAGCCACAGAAAGCUCUCCGGACAUUUUCCUGGGAGUAAGCCCCGCUGAAUAAAAGGUGUAGGCUGAACGUGGGAUUUACUCCAAGGAGGGGAACAGAUCAGCCUCCAUUCUGUUGGAGGGGAGGAAAGUGCCUUUCCCUCAUCUGCUAGGGAGGCGAAAGGGAACCAGGCCACCGACCUCCUCCAUCUCCUCUCUCCCCCUACCCCCACCCCUGGCCUCGCUGGAGCAGCAGGAAGUUCCUCGGAACCGGGUGAGGGGAAUCUUCUUGGGGCGGGACAGAUUUCGGUCCUUCCUGGGAGGAGGACAAGCGCCUGUUCCGCGCUCUCAGGACCGCGCUCCCAGGCGCCCGCUUGCUUCUUCCGCCGCAUCGCGAGGUUGGUACGGCUUCUUGCCGGCUGGCCCCACCCGUGCCCUACUUCCUCCGAGCGGCCUCCGCCCGCCUUCCUCCUCCAUGCCGGGCUGCUCUUUCUUCUCGCUGCAUCCGCUGCCUCGAAACCAGCCUCAGGUCUCCCCAGGAAAGCAGCUUUCCCCCGUUGCGCCUCCUUCCCCCGCCGGGACUGGUCUCCCACCCCACGCCGCUGCUCUUUGUUCCUGGGAGGGACGGAAGGAGGCGGCGCUCGGUUUAGGGGGCUUCCCGCAGUGGAUCAGCCGCAGAUCCGGAGGCAGCGGCGCAGUGCGCGCAAGCAGUUGUGGCUGCCGGUGGGGGAGAGUAGGCCCGGCUAAUGACUGCAAGGAUCUCUCCCCUGUUUUGUCCAACCUGAGUGCUCUGCCACCUCAGGACAUUUUGACCUCUCAGUGAGCAACUUGGGAGUUCUGAGUCAGGCGCCCGUUGUGAAACGGGAGGCCAGGUCUUGCCCUGGAAAUUGUGUCGCAAUCCCAGAGCUCAGAAAAUCCCACGUGAGUCAGCAGAGUCUGGGCGCCAGCUGCAAGCAGUCAGCCCCUCAGAGCUGCAAAAGACACAACUGGAAAGUUGCUGCCUGCGGAGCUCCUGCAGGGUUGGCCCCAUCUUCCUGCCAUCUUUCCACUUUGUGAAACACCUAGAGCAAACAUGGGCUCCAUGUUCCGCAGCGAAGAGAUUUGCCUGGCCCAGCUCUUCUUGCAAUCGGCUUCGGCAUACAGUUGCGUCAGCGAAUUAGGCGAGCAAGGACUUGUGGAAUUCCGUGAUCUGAACCCCCAUGUCAGCGCCUUCCAGCGACGUUUUGUGGGAGAGAUUCGGCGGUGUGAAGAUAUGGAGAAAUCCUUCACUUUCUUAGCACAGCAAGUGUGGAAGGCAGGCCUGACACUGACACCCCCUGAGGAGAACCUGCCGGCCCCUCUGGCUCGGGAUGCCCUGCAGAUCCAGGAGCAGUCUGAGCGGCUGGCGCAGGAGCUGAGGGAGGUGAGCCACAACCGCGAGAAGCUGGUUGGUCGGCUGCAGGAGCUGCGGGAGCACAUUCAGGUGCUGCAGGAGGGACAGCGUUUCACUGGCCAACUGCAGGUGCCGUUAGCAUCACCAGCUCGCCCACGAGCCUUCUCUGACAGAGAACCUCUGCUUGACCCAUCCAUGGCACAGCGACUUGACCUCAAAGUAAACUUUAUCGCAGGCGUGAUCCACCCAUGGCGAGUGAAUGUGUUUGAACGGCUGCUGUGGCGCGCAUGCCGUGGCUACCUUGUGGCCAACUUCACCGAGAUGCCGGAGCCCAUGGAAAACCCAGCCACGGGCGAGAGCGUCACCUGGGUCAUCUUUCUCAUCUCCUUCUGGGGGGAACAGAUUGGGCAGAAAAUCCGCAAGAUUGCUGACUGCUUUCACUGCCACCUGUACCCUUACGCCGACAAGGAGGCGGAGCGCUUGGAGACACUGUAUAAACUGCGCACUCAGAUUGAAGAUCUGACCACGGUCUUGGGCCAGACGGAGCAAUACCUGGACCAGCUGCUGCAGAAGGUGCUCUUGGAACUGCCUGCUUGGCAAGUGCGGAUACAGAAGAUGAAGGCCAUCUACUUCAUCCUCAACCAGUGCAGCUUCAACAUCACCGACAAGUGCCUCAUCGGGGAAGUCUGGUGCCCCGUCCGCGACCUUCCUGCUGUGCAGCAGGCUCUGCGUGAGGGAUCGCACCGCAGCGGUUCUGGGGUGGAGUGCUUUGUUCAUCAGAUUCCCUGCACUGAGAGCCCCCCAACCCUCAUUCGCACCAACAAGUUCACUGCCGGCUUCCAGAGCAUUGUUGACGCCUACGGGGUAUCCAGCUAUCAGGAGGUGAACCCAGCUCCCUAUACCAUCAUCACCUUCCCUUUCCUCUUCGCUGUCAUGUUUGGGGAUGUUGGCCAUGGGCUGCUGAUGUUCCUCUUUGCCCUUUGGAUGGUGCUGGCUGAGAACCGCCCCAGCAUGAAGAAGGUGCAGAAUGAGAUCUGGCAGAUGUUCUUUGAGGGCCGCUACCUCAUCCUCCUGAUGGGCGCCUUCUCUAUCUACACUGGCUUCAUCUACAACGAGUGCUUCAGCAAGGCCACCAACAUCUUCCCCUCUGCCUGGAGCAUCGCUACCAUGGCCAACCAAUCGAAUUGGAGCGAGGACUUUUUAGCUGGAAACCCUGUUCUUGCUCUGAACCCCAAUGUCACGGGAGUUUUCAAAGGUCCCUACCCUUUUGGGAUUGAUCCGAUCUGGAGCCUGGCCAUCAACCAUCUCACCUUCUUGAACUCCUUCAAGAUGAAGAUGUCUGUGAUCCUGGGCAUUGUGCACAUGAGCUUUGGGGUCUGCCUUGGCAUCUUCAACUACAUCCACUUCAAGAACUACUACAAGAUUCUCCUGGUUUUCGUUCCGGAGAUCAUCUUCCUGCUGGGACUCUUCGGCUACCUUGUAAUCCUGAUCUUUUACAAAUGGCUGGCGUAUGACGUCUCCGAUUCCCAGUCUGCUCCCAGCAUCCUCAUCCACUUCAUUAACAUGUUCAUGUUCUCAAAUGAUGCCGAUAACGUCCCACUCUUUAACCACCAGGCCCUGGUGCAGACAGUGUUGGUGGUGGUAGCCCUGGUCUGUGUGCCUGUCCUGCUGCUGGGGACUCCCUUGUACCUCUGGAGCCAGCACCGACAGAAGGCCUCUUUGUCCAGGCACAAUCCCUCCAGCGCAGAAGAGCGCCAGCCUCUGCUAAACUCUCAGGAGCCAAGCAGAUCCGUGAAUGUUGCUGAGGACGAUGUGGAUUGUGCCAAAUCCAAACAGGAGUUGGAGUUUGACUUCUCUGACGUGUUCAUGCAUCAGGCAAUCCACACCAUUGAGUACUGCCUGGGCUGCAUCUCAAACACAGCCUCCUACCUCCGGCUCUGGGCUCUCAGCUUGGCCCACGCACAGCUCUCAGAGGUCCUGUGGACCAUGGUGAUGAGGAACGGCCUCCAUUUUACGGGCUACAAAGGUGGGGUCCUCCUCGUCCCGGUUUUUGCCUUCUUUGCGGUACUGACUGUGGCAAUCCUGCUGGUGAUGGAGGGGCUGUCGGCUUUCCUGCAUGCCCUGCGUCUGCACUGGGUGGAAUUCCAGAACAAAUUCUACACAGGCUCUGGGUACCGGUUCACCCCGUUCACCUUCACUACAGACAUCUGGGACUAAGAGAGAACGGACUUCUUUCUUCCCAGAGAGCAGAUGUACUGUGUGCCCUCAUGAGCCAAUUGGCUUAUGCUGUGUUUUUUUACAUGAGCGACUGUCUCUUGCUUCCUGCUUUCUACCACUUGUGCCUUGUGUCUGACCGGAAGGUGUGGCAGAACUUUAAUUCCCCUGACACGCACCUUUCUUGGGGAAGGAACUACCUGCUCUGUCCCCGUCUGUCUGCUACAAUUAAAGUGAGGUCCUUUGCUGCCUCACUGCCGGAAUAUCAGUAUUUAGGAUGGAGUUCUGGAAUUCAGGGUUUAUCAAGCCACGUUCCUUCCAGUUCUCGAUCCUUAUGACUUGCAGCUGAACCAGCCUGCUUUGUGCAUAUCUCUAUAGCCGUUAAGAGUUGCUUCUGGGAAAGAAUGGGAAGCUGCCUUAAGGAACAUCAGAAUAUGGAUACCACUCACUAUAUGGGUGUUUUUACAGGGCUACUAGGUGGCACUGUCUCUCUUCUUGCUUCAUCCCUGUUUGCUGGGGUGCAGCCUUUCUGAUGCACAUCAGAGGACAAGAGGCCCGGCCCCAGGCACUUGGGCCUUCUGCUUUUUCUAAAUUUACUUUCAAUUGCAGUUGGUGUUGUCAUCCAGGUCUGAGACUCUCUUGUUUCCCUGAUGGAGAGCCUGGAGUUGACAUUGCAUCAGCCAAUGCAUGAUGUGGGGCUGCACAUUAGAGCCAAGCCCUCGGUGCAUGCGUGUUUUUGAAAGGACUGUCUACCUGUGCUAGCAAGCUAGCUGAUACGCUGGGAGCUGAUGUGGCUUGCAAUGCCUGUCUUUUCCUCAUUCAUGCUCUGUUUUACCAACUGCUAGCAAAAUCCACCAACAGUUGGGGACAACAGCUCUGUACAGGUGGAAAACGGAGACUUAAGUUGCCAAGGGCAAGAGAGGGGCUCCUGCCCUGGAUUCAGGGGCGCCUACUAUAGGGGGCUCUGAGUCUCUGAGCACCCACAACAAAUUUUUUGUUGGGAUUCACACUGCAGGACCCCCCCCCCCCCCAACUUCUGAGGUCUCACGAGGAGGUCUCACGAGGCCCUGGAACCUGACUUCCAGUGCCACCGGAAGUCACUUUCUGAGGCCAGGGGGCACGUGUGACAUGAUGUCAUGCCGCAUGUGACAUCAUGAUGUCACGAGCACUGGGCACCCAUAACCUGGGGCCCAAGUUGGCUCCCCUGCCUGGAUUGCAGAACAAACUUCCUUCAUACUGAAGGCACAGCAUGUCAUGGGCAGGACUCAAGACUCAGGCUGCCGUUGAAGAGAAAGACAAUGCUUGUGAGCAGGCUGCUGAGAACUCUGUGCUUUAAAAGCCCUCAUAAACUCUUUGUCGCCGUAGCUACCAAAUCCCACAAUAAAGACAAGAUUCUUAACCUUCCCUGCAUUUUAA